CUCCACACCACGGCGGCAGCUGGGCAGGCAGAGGGACGGACGGACGGACGUGGGUGUGUGGACCGCAGCCUGGGCCUCACGGGAUGGCGGCGCGGCGCGGCGAGCAUGCGGGGGCCUGGCUGGCCCUGGCCCUGGCCCUGAGCAUGAGGCCCGGCGCGGCGGUGCCGUGGCGGGACUGCACGGGCGUCGAGUGCCCGCAGCUGGAGAACUGCAUCGAGGAGGCGCUGGAGCCGGGCGCCUGCUGCGCCUCGUGUGUGCGGCAGGGCUGCGCCUGCGAGGGCUACCAGUACUACGACUGCGUGCGCGGGGGCUUCGUGGACGGCCGCGUGCCCGCCGGCCGCUCCUACUUUGUGGAUUUCGGCAGCACCGAGUGCUCUUGCCCGCCGGGGGGCGGCAGGAUCAGCUGCCAGUUCAUGCUGUGCCCUGAGCUGCCCCCCAACUGCAUCGAGGCCGUGGUGAUGGCCGACAGCUGCCCGCAGUGCGGCCAGCUGGGCUGCGUCCACGGCGGCCGCAAGUACGCCGCCGGCCACACCGCACACCUGUCCCCGUGCCGCGCCUGCCACUGCCCGGACGCCGGGGGCGAGCUCAUCUGCUACCGGCUGCCGGGCUGCCACGGGAACAUCUCAGACACGGAGGAGGCUGACCCCGAGCGCCACUAUGAAGAAGACCCUUACAGCUACGACCAGGAGGCAGCCGAGGCGGAAUUAGGGGCGGCCCUGGCAGGCGAGGCCCAGGCGGGGGCCCCCCCAGCCGCCCUGGGAGCAGGGGCCCAGCCCCUGGCCUCCUUCCGUGCCACCAUCUGGCCAGCAGCCCCCCCCAGACCGACAGCAGCCGCUGCCCUGGGCCCCCCGGCCCCCAGGCAGGCCAAAGCCAGCAUGAAGGAGGAGGAGGAGGAGGAAGAAGAAGAGGGGGAGGAGGUGGCCACCAAGCAGCCUGUCACGAGCAGCCCCCUGGGGCCGGGCGGGCUGCCCACCACGGCCCCCCCCAGACCUGGCCUCCCCUCCCAGGAGAAAGGGGUGGAAGCCAAGGCAGGGCCCGAGGAGAACCUUAUCCCAGAAGCCCAGGCCGAGCCUCGUGGCGGUGGGCAGGUGGGCGCCAGGGCCCCGCCCGGCUCCGGCCUGGGGGCAGCCGCCCCAUCCCAGGUCUCACCCACCUCUCCCAGGGGCCCAGACGUGCCCAGCACCCAUCCCACCCCAUCCGCACCAGCAUCCCCAGCUUCCCCGAUCCCACCCACCCUGGAGGUCCCCAAGGAGGAGCCCGAGCGCCCGCAGGUGCUGCCCCGGCCCCAGGCAGAGGAGGACACGGACCCCAACUCCGUGCAUUCGGUCCCCAGAGGCAGCCCCGAAGGCUCCAUCAAAGACCUGAUCGAGACGUGCUGCGCGGCCGGCCAGCAGUGGGCCAUCGACAAGGACGAGUGUCUGGAGAUCCCCGAGAGCGGGCCGGAGGGCGACACGUGCAGGACUGCCCAGAAGCACUGCUGCAUCUCCUACCUGAAGGAGAAGAGCUGCGUGGCCGGUGUCAUGGGAGCCAAGGAGGGCGAGGCCUGCGGAGCUGAGGAGGAGGACAGCUGCGGCGUCUCCCUGUACAAGCAAUGCUGUGACUGCUGUGGCCUGGGACUGAGAGUGAGGGCUGAGGGCCAGUCCUGCGAGUCCAACCCCAACCUGGGCUACCCCUGUAACCACGUCAUGCUCUCCUGCUGUGAGGGCGAAGACCCCCUCAUGGUGCCUGAGGUCCGCCAGCCUCCAGAGCCCCAGGCUGCCCCUCGGAGAGUUUCAGAGGCAGAGGUGGUGAGCCGGGAGGCCCUGACACUGGGCACAGAGGCUGAGCUGCCCAACAGCCUGCCCGGCGAUGACCAGGAUGAGUGCCUGCUGCUCCCCGGAGAGCUGUGCCAGCACCUGUGCAUCAACACCGUGGGCUCCUACCGCUGUGCCUGCUUUCCUGGCUUCUCACUGCAGGAUGAUGGCCGCUCCUGCCGUCCAGAUGGAGAACCCCGGCAGCUGGACGUGGCGCCAGAGCCUGCACCCAGGCCAGAGCCGGCCCCUGCGGCCUCCAAUUCCAUCCCCAUGCCGGUGCCACAGCCCAACACCUGCAAAGACAACGGGCCCUGCAGGCAGGUGUGCAGAAUCAUCGGGGGCGCCGCCAUGUGCUCCUGCUUCCCGGGCUAUGCCAUUAUGGCGGACGGCGUGUCCUGUGAAGACCAAGAUGAGUGUCUGACGGGCGCUCAUGAUUGUAGCCGGCGGCAGUUCUGUGUGAACACCCUGGGAUCCUUCUACUGUGUCAACCACACAGUGCUGUGUGCCGAGGGCUUUAUCCUCAAUGCGCACAGGAAGUGCGUGGACAUCAACGAGUGUGUGACAGACCUGCACACGUGCAGCCGCGGCCAGCACUGCCUGAACACUGUGGGCUCCUUCCGCUGCUACCAGGAGCUCACCUGCGAGCCAGGCUACGAGUUCAAGGAAGGAGAGUGCUUGGACGUGGACGAGUGUGCAGUGGGCACGCACAACUGCCAGGCCGGCUUCUCGUGCCAGAACACCGAGGGCUCCUUCUACUGCCAGGCCCGCCAGCGCUGCAUGGAUGGUUUCCUGCUGGACCCCGAGGGCAACUGUGUGGGUGAGCGGCGCUCCCGGGGCGGCGGGGGCGCCGAGGGCUGGGACCGGCGCCUGCGGGGCCCACGCCGGCAGACGUGCCAUGGCUUCUCAAUGCAAGAUGGGGCAAGGCGGAGGCCGAGCCCUGACCGCGGCGCUGUCCCCGCAGACGUGAACGAGUGCGAGAGCCAGCGCUGCAGCCAGGAGUGCGCCAACAUCUACGGCUCCUACCAGUGCUACUGCCGCCAGGGCUACCAGCUGGCGGAGGACGGGCACGCCUGCACCGACAUCGACGAGUGUGCGCAGGGCGCCGGCAUCCUGUGCACCUUCCGCUGUGUCAACGUGCCCGGGAGCUACCAGUGCGCAUGCCCGGAGCAGGGCUACACCAUGCUGGCCAACGGCCACUCCUGCAAGGACCUGGACGAGUGUGCCCUGGGCACCCACAACUGCUCUGCGGACCAGACCUGCCACAACCUCCAGGGCAGCUUCCGCUGCCUGCGCUUCGAGUGUCCCCCCAACUACGCCCGAGUCUCCGAGACGAAAUGCGAGCGCACCGCGUGCCAGGACAUCGCCGAGUGCCAGAGCUCCCCGGCACGCAUCACCUACUACCAGCUGAGCUUCCAGACCGGCCUGCCGGUGCCCGCGCACAUCUUCCGCAUCGGCCCCGCGCCGGCCUUCGUGGGCGACACCAUCUCCCUGACCAUCACCAAGGGCAACGAGGGGGCCUACUUCGGCACGCGCCGUCUCAACGCCUACACGGGCGUGGUCUCCCUGCAGCGGCCGGUGCUGGAGCCCCGGGACUUCGCCCUGGACGUGGAGAUGAGGCUGUGGCGACAGGGCUCCAUCACCACCUUCCUGGCCAAGAUGCACAUUUUCUUCACCACGUUGGCCCCGUGAGGCGCAGAGCCGGCCGGGCCCGCCUGGCCCGCCCGUGUGCUCCACCGGGGGGCGCCAGGCGCCCUUGGGGUGUGCUGUGGUUCUAGCUAACUUUGUAACUUAAAUUAAUUUUGCUACCUUGAUCGCCCUUGGGUCUCCUCUGCCCCCCAGGGAGGGGGGUCACCCCAGAGGUCACCAGGAGGCUGGAUGAUGCUCCGGGGACCAGACGCAGCGGCCACGGCAGGAGUCUGGACGCCACCGGUGACCCGUCCCUGCAGCUGACGGUCCAUCCCGAGCCUCUGGGAUUAGUGCUUGCCUUACAUCAUUCUGAGGUUUUCCCUUGUUUAAUGAUAAGGGUAAUACACAUUCACUGUUGUUGUUGUUGUUUUAAAGUAAGA